AUGCCCGCUUUCUUUGACCCGCAUACUCAGAUCCCCGCCGCUAUCAACAGCCAGUUACUACCUGCGCUUGAUGAUCUCGCGGCGGAUCCAGAUAGACUUGAGCGGGCGCUCAAUCGUCGCUUCGACCGCGAAGUGCCACCACAAGAUGACGACGAAACUGAAAGUGAUAUCGAGCAAGAAGCUCGCGACUUUGAACUUAGCCAGCGCCCGCGCGAGGCGAUCCUGGCGGAGUACAGAGAUCUGAUUGAUGCGCCGCUCGACGGAGACGAUGUGGACAAUCUCGCGUUCCAGUUCCAUCAUUCUCAUCACCUUUACGACCCGAGAAAACGCUACGAGGAUGAAUCCAAUCAUGAGCGAGGAUUAUUGCUUGAUUUUUACAGAAGCAAAUGGCCCGAUCCCAGGACAGAACGGUUCCUCGAAGGCGGCGGGAAGGGGGAGCUUCGGCGCAAAAUAAUUGCCCGGCACAUAGUCAAAAAGCGAUGGCAGAAUCUUGGGCUUUGGAAUACAAAAUGGGGCAUUCCUGGGCGGCUCAACCGUCAAGAAAACGAUAAUCUAGUACGGUGGAGAUGGGCAUUUGAGCCGGAGCCUUUGGAAUUUGGCCCUGAUCAUCCCGCAACCUUGGCCACGCAUCGAAGUAAAGGCCGCAAGUUCGGGGAGCAUCAGAACCCACCGCCGCCUCAUGCCAAUCCCGGAAGCAGCAAAUGUGCCUCCCAACAUGAAGCCCGCAACUUUAUCAUAACGCGCCCAUGGUUUCUCUGGGCGCAAGAGAAGAUGGAAUACAACCACAGGCUAGAACGCAUCCCACUUGCUUUUCUCGGCCGUUGCAGAGAGGAUGAGCCCGAUGCGGUUAAGGAACUCUGGAAGAAAAGAGGCCACUGGGAUGACAACUGGGAGCAACACACGACUUAUGUUGGGCGGCCCGUUCCGGGUUGGCGAUGGCCCAACGAAGACUCGGAUCUGGAACCUGACAAUUCGUACGAUCUAGAUACCGAGCUGACUCCUUCGGAAGUUGAUGCUCUCGAGGAUGUUGAUGCAUUGCCUCAGCCGCGACCCGUAGAGUUCUUCCCACAGCCGCCAACAGGCUUGACGGUGCCUCUGGGGUCGCUUUUUCCAAUACAGACGUACACACCACCACCUAAGAAGCGUCAGAGAAAGUCGACGGGCACGAAACAGGAGGGGCAGGGAUCGACGGAAAAGCGGCGCGGUCGCCCACCCAAGUCGGCAAAUCGAGUCGAAAUGCCCAAGCAGAAUUCUUCUGUUCAACAAAGGCUGCCAAGGGCAAAGCAUCGACCGCAGAAGAAUACCGUCGACAACUGGGCAGACCAGCCGCGCCGCAGCGCAAGAAUAGCAGCUCAUUCUGCCGCACCAUCCGAGCCAGUGCCAGCAUCGUUCCCGUGCCAGCCACUCAACCUGCAGUCAAAUUCAACCAAAACAGGGGGCAGGAAACCCCGGCCACUCCCUGCGCGAGCUCCUGCACCAGAGGGUCCCAAGAGGGCUCGUGGUCGACCAGCGAUGGAAACAUCCUCUACGGAAUCCAAACCAAGAGGACGUCCCAGCAAGGUUGUAGCGUCAAAUGGGGUAGAGAAGCCGAAAAGUCCGCCUGCCAGGCACGGGAGGAAACCAAAGGCUUUGGAUGAAGUAGCCGUAGCCAGCACUAUCAAGGGAACAGCCACAGCUCCAGCGCAUGGAAGAGGUCGUCCAAGGAAGAGUGGUUGA